AUGGACGAGCUGCAGGCCAGGCAUCGCAAGGAACAGCGAGACCUUCAGGCCCGAAUAACCCAGAAGAAAAAGAACGCCACCAAGAAAAACCGAAAAGGCGUCAACGAUGAAUGCGACAAGCUCCAGCAAGAGCUACACGAAAAGCAGAAGCUAGAAAUUGCACAACUAGACGGCGCUCCUGUUUCCUCCGCUGCAGAUAAUUUAGAAAAUCUCGACUUGAAGGACGAUGAGAAUGAGAGCACUGAAAACAUCCCCACGGCCCCUCCGACGUCAACCCCGCCUGCAACAAACAACGACGACGCACCAGCUUCGCGUGGGAAAAAGCCAAACCGUCAAAAGGCUCGACUAGCACGACGAGAAGCAGAGAGGGUUGCGCAAGCCGAGGUGGCAGCCGAAGAAGCCGCCAAACAGACCGAUCAUCGCGGGAACGAGAAAGAGGUUAUGGAUGCCGAGUUUAAACGAAUCGGGCUGAAAGAGAUUGAAAUCAACCCAGACGGCCAUUGUCUGUACUCGGCUGUUGCAUGUCAGUUGGACGAUCUAGGACUGGACUUGAAGCCAGACCCAAACCGGAUUGUGCUGCAGCCUACUACAUUGUCGCGCAUUGAUACGGUGGCCUCUGCUAAACACGAUGGGUAUCGGGCUGUGAGAGCUGUCACGGCAGAUUUUAUAAAAGAACACCAAGAUGACUUUGUGCCAUUCAUGGAGGAGCCUCUGGAUGAAUAUACAAAGAAAAUACGGCUCACAGCCGAAUGGGGCGGACAGUUGGAAUUGCAGGCGAUUGCUAGAGCUUACGGCGUAGAUAUCAAUGUUCUCCAGGGCGACGGCAGAAUCGAGAAAAUCGAAUCGGCCGAUGAUAACGCAGAUACAAAAAGGCAAAUAUGGCUGGCCUAUUACCGACAUACAUACGGGCUGGGAGAACAUUAUAAUGCGCUAGUACAGAAAGCAACUUGA